AUGGCGACGACACGCCUUCGCAAAACCUUCCACUACCCCGCCGACUCCGACAGCGACGAACCACCCGAAGGCAUCGACGAACAGGAGCAAGAACAGCUGAUCUCCACGCUCGCGGCGCAGGAUGCUGACAAGACUGCGCUGUACACCAAAGCCUUCCUCGCCCUUCCCCUCCUCGCCGGACUGGCAUUCCUUCCCUCGCUCCUCCGGCCGACCUCGUUCUCUGCAUUCCUAACCGCGCUGCUGAGUCUUACCUCCCUGGGCUGUACGACCUACGUGCUGUACUAUCUCCCCCUGCCGCCGUCGUCUGAGGGUCAGGGCGAGAGACGUGAUGGGCGGGGCAGAUCAUCGUUCGGUCCAGACGCUGAGGACAAGGGACCGGUGGAGAAAUACCUCGUGUAUCUGAACGGGGCUCUGUGUGGAAUUCUUGCACUGGGAGAGUGGAUGGGUAGGGAGAAGGGUGGAGGAUGGGGUUGGUUGCCUGCUGUCACCUUCGUGCUGGUUUUGACUGCGAGAGUGUUGCUGAGACCGGUGGAUGUUGCUGGGUUGGAGGGGUUGAAAUAUCGGUAUAAGGGCGCUUGA